CCUCUGAGAAGGAUAGUUGCGAGCGAGUGGUGUCUGUUCAUGACGUCAGGUAGAGCUGGGUUUACUACUGUACGUGAUACUAUGCAUCAUUGAAAGUAAUAUUUCGUUGGACUGAUUAUAACUAGUACCCACAAUUAACAAUGACUACUUUAAGAAGAUCUUACCUUUCAAGAGUGGCGUUACACUGGCUUGUCUGCGGAGUUCUAGCCCUGACGUCGGUGGCAGGAGACAACACGAAAUGUAAAGAAAUUGGGCAGCCGCUUAAGUACUUGUGGGGGGACGCACUAAACGACCCAUUGGACUGCAUCGGGCCAGAUGGCAACCCUUAUCCCGCGGCGGCUGUGUCCAGGACAUUCAGGAGCAGUUCCAUAUGGGGCUCAUCUCGAUCCGGAAGGUCCUUCAGCCCUGUGGAUCCUCUCCUGACACAGAGGACUCUACUGCACGGCUACCAGCUAGCCAACGACUAUGUUUCGGGGCUUCUGCCCCCAAAGAGCAGAACAGGUCGCAGUGGUUUCAAUAAGUACAGUCCAAGGGAAACUUGUGGCGGUACUCCAGCAAGACUGUGUAAAACUCGCUACAACACAACAGCUCCCAUGUAUGGAGUGUCUCUUACUUCAGGUCAGCCAGUCACAAUCGUGCAGAAGUUUCCAGAUCUGCUGCAGCAAGUCGUCUUUGAAGUUUGCGAAUCAAAUGAAUGUGAUGUAGUCAGAGGAGAAUGCACACAAACAUAUGUGCCAUACUUGUUUCUGGUGAUUCCAUUAGGACCCGUAACUCUUACAGGACAAGACUACGUGCUGGUCGAAAGUGGUUGUGUUUGCAAACCUAAAUAUGCAACCGUUGGUGGAUCAGAACCAAGUGCUAUUUCUGCAAUACCACAGCUAUAGUCCAGUGGUGAUAUGAAUUAACACAGUCAAGAGAUGGAAAAGAACUGUUGUAUCUAUUGUGAUUUCAGAGAUAGGAUUACAGAGGUUCCGGAGCUAUCGAGCUUUUAAGUAUGGAAAUUUUAUGCUAUAAACUGCCUAACAUUAUAAAUGCCUUCCAUUUCAGAACAGUAUUUAUUUUAAGUGGCCACGUAGGUAGGUUAUGUUAAACCAUUAUUCUCUCCUAUCUGUUAAGAUUACAUAGCAUUCUAAAAGCUAUGGUUGAAUGAUUCUGAAUGAUGAGUGGGCAGGUAUGUGAAAGGAAUCAGCUGUAACUUAUUUUCAAAAUAUAUUUUCUUUCAUGAA